AUGGGCACCGAAAUCAUGGCUGCCUCUCUGGAAUCAAGUAUGGCAGCCCAUGAGCAAGAUGCAUUACUCAGAGACGAGCCUGGACGCGAAAACAAUGGAGAGGAACCUGCAGAGUUGCGUGACACAAACGACCCCGACUCGAAGCGCGUUCUCUAUUCCAAUUUGCUACUGCCGUUUGUGUUUUUAGGUUUAAUUGCGGGGAGUCAAGGAUGGGGUGACUCGAUUUCCUUCGUGUUCAACUUCCUGGCGAUUCUUCCUCUCGCUGCGUUGCUGUCAUUCGCUACAGAGGAACUAGCCAAAAGCGUCGGACACACCAUCGGAGGGCUUAUAAAUGCGACGUUUGGAAAUGCCGUCGAAAUGAUUGUGGGAAUCACUGCGGUCCGGCAAGGAGAAAUCAGCAUUGUGCAGUCAAGUAUGGUGGGCAGUAUCCUUUCAGGAAAUCUUCUGAUCUUCGGUGUUUCCCUGUUCUGCGGCGGCUAUGGAAAAGAUGUGGUGAAAUUCAACGUGGAUGUCAGUGGGAUCCUAUCCUCCUUGAUGGUGGUCUCCUCUGCAACAUUGAUCAUUCCAUCUGUCCUUUAUUCAACCAUACCGUCCAAGUCCCACGACGUGCAAGCCAGCGUCCUGGGUCUCUCCCGUGCUGCUUCCGUGGUCCUACUCAUAUUCUACCUGGUCUACCUCUACUUUCAACUGAGGAGUCACUCCGAGCUAUUCCUCGACGAUACACAAGAAGAGGAAGAAGAUCGAGUGUUGGGUCCCUGGUCGGCAAGCCUCAUUUUGAUCCUUGCCACUCUUGGGGUCACAGUCUGCUCUGAUCGUCUGGUGGACAGUGUCGAUGGCUUUGUAGAACGGUGGCACGUGAGCCGGGCUUUCAUCGGCUUGAUUGUGGUUCCCAUUGUCGGUAAUGCAGGAGAGUUCAAUACUGUUGUGAAUUCUUCGAUCAAGGGGAACAUGGACCUCGCGAUUGGUGUGAUUGUGGGAAGUACGUUGCAAAUCGCAUUGUUUGUGAGUCCAUUCCUGGUCAUGUGUGGCUUGGUUAUCGGGCAGCCCAUGUCCUUGCGCUACAGUCCCUUCGAAACGGUGGUAUUCUUCAUCUCGGUAAUAAUCAUGGACUGUUUGAUCCGUGGAGGUCGAUCAAAUUAUUACGAAGGAUCUUUAUUGGUUGGAACGUAUCUGAUAAUCGCAAUUGCAUUCUACGUCCACCCAGACGCAGUCGAUGCACCCUUUGUUUAG